AUGGUCAAAGAAUUGAAGUCAGAGCCAGGGGUGGCUUUGGUUGCGAUAAACAUCAUUGGAGACCCUGCAGAUUUUGGUGAUGAAAGCAAUAUUACCUCUAGAGAGAAGCUGAUUGACCAUUACCUUGGCCACAGUCCCCACAAUGAAGGAACUUUUGCCCUAGAAGGAACUUUUGCCGGGAGAUCUGACUAUAUCUCUCCACUCGAUGACUUGGCGUUUGACAUGUACCAAGACCCCGAAGUUGAGAUCAUUCGCAGGCUGGAUGAAAAGAAACAGGAUGCUGUCAAGAAGGAGCGCUCUGAUUAUGCAAAGAAACUGAAGCAAGCUAUCGCUGAUUUACAGAAGGUCGGUGAGCGCCUGGGGCGCUUCGAGGUGGAGAAGCGCUGCGCAGUGGAGAAGGAAGACUAUGACCUGGCCAAAGUGAAGAAGCAGCAGAUGGCACGCUACUGUGCCCAGGUGUACGAACACCUGGAGCUGCACAGCCUCCUGCAGGGCGAGCCAAAGAUGCAGAGGCCCUUCGUUUUGCCCCUCCAGCCCCUUGCAUCUCCCAGCAGUCCCCAGCACUGGAAGGCAGCGUCCUCACUGCCGCGCAUGGAAGAGCUGGAAACAGAAGGCACAUUUGCAGGCCCUGCGCUCCAGGAAAAGCCCUCGGCAUAUCCCUCGGCAUCAUCUCCUCGACAUUCAGCAGUGGACCAGUCCCCACCUGCCGCAGGCCCUGUACCUAGGAGCCAUGUGGACGCCGUGCCCUACGAUGAACGGCCUCUUCCCAUUACUCGGAAGCAACUGAGGGAAGCAUCCACUGAGCCCGAAGUGAAAGACGCAGACAGCAAUGACGUCCGGAGACGAGAUGUCUCAGGAGAACCAGAGCCCUUGACAGAGAAGGCCUUGAGAGAAGCCAGUUCUGCCAUUGACAUCUUAGGUAAAAAUCAAAACCAAGUGGCUGGGGCCUAUUCUAAGACGCGGUCCUGCCGGAAAGAUGCCCUGCUGGCGCUGUACCAGAAGCUGAUGGAGAUGCCUGUUGGAACCCAGAAGGAGGAUUUGAAAAACAUGCUCAGAGCAUCUGUCUUUCUCAUCAGAAGAGCCAUAAAGGACAUCGUGACCUCAGUCUUUCAGGCCUCAUUGAAGUUGGUGAAAAUGAUAAUUGCCCAGUACAUUCCCAAGCACAAGCUGAGCAAACUGGAGAUGAUGCACUGUGUAGAGAGGACUGUUCCCCUUUUACUCACCAGAACCGGAGAUUCCUCUGCUCGCCUCCGUGUCAUGGCUCUGAAUUUCAUUCAGGAAAUGGCCUUGUUUAAGGAGGUGAAACCUCUCCAACUCAUUCCAUCCUACUUAGUACAGCUACUGAAACCCAAUGCUUCCACUCAUCUGGCAAUGAGCCAGGUGGACCUUCUGGCCUGGCUGCUGAGAGACCUGGGCACUGGGAACUCAGGCUUCACUGUGGACAGUGUGAUGAAGUUUGCACUGAGUGCCCUGGAGCACAAGGUGUAUGAGGUGCGAGAGACAGCAGUCAGAAUCAUCCUGGACUUGUACAGACAGCACCAGCCCCUCACCCUGGAGCACCUUCCCCCGGAAGACAGCAGCACACACAGGAACCUGCUGUACAAAGCCAUUUUUGAGGGAAUCGCUAAGAUAGAUGGCAGGCCGACAGAGGCUGAAGUCAGGGCCCAGAAAAGAGCAGCCACUAAAGAAGCAGAAAAGCAGAAGAAGGAAGAGGCGAAGGCUCUGCAGGGCCAGUUGGCAGCGCUGAGAGAGACCCAGGCCGGAGCCCAGGAGAAUGAGAAUGAUGGCGUGAAGCUCAGAAAUCAAGACCCUCAAGGAAGGAAAGCUGCCCCACCAGAUGCUCCAGAAAUCCCAUAUAACCAUUAUUUGGAUAAUCUGUGCAUCUUUUGUGGGGAGAGGAAUGAGUCUUUCACAGAAGAGGGCCUGGACCUCCACUACUGGAAACACUGCCUCAUGCUGACAAGAUGCGACCACUGCAGGCAGGUCAGGAGCACGCCCACAUCGACAGGCUCAGGUCCUUCUACUUUGGUCUUGCCUGAAGAGCCAGAGCGAGCGCUCUCGAGAGACACUCGGGCCAGCGGCGGUCGAUUAGUCAGGUCUCAGAAAGAUGGCAUCCUCGGAACAGGCAGAGCAGCAGAGCCAGGUGAGGGGAGUGGGACUGCCCCGCCGCGAGUGGCGGGGACCGGGGCCGCCGCGGCACUCGGCGCUCGGCUGGCACUGGGGUGGCGACCCGAGUCCUGGAAGCCGAGGUCCCCCGACGUGGUCUCUCCCCCGGGCCCCGCCCCUCUGGGGUCCUCGGCGCCCGGCUCCUGCCCCGGUGACCCCUGUCUCCCCACAUCCCGGAGUUGGGGUCUCGGCCGCAGCCUCAGGCCCCCUAGGAGUCCGCUGGACUUGGUCGUGGGGGACGGCGGGCCCCGGCUGGGUCCUCGGCGCACUGAUGUGAGGGCCCUGCCGGAGGAGAGGUGGGGAAGGAAAGAGCUGGUACCAGGCUGUCUCCCCCGUGGGGAGGGGCCCGACGACUCCCCUCCCGCCGCCGCGGCCCCUCCAGGGCCGGCAUCUUGGUAUUCGGUCCCCUGGAGGCUCCCUUGCCAACUUGGAGGGUCGCUCCGAGGACUUCUUCGCCUCAGUGCGUUCGUGGAGAGUGGACGGAGUGUCAAUAACAGACGCAACCGAGCUUUUGGCUGA